CUUUUCUUUUCCUUUUAUACAAAAAAAAAAAAGAAUGUCUGUUGUUGAUGCUCCCAUUACUAUUUCCCCUUCCCAAAAAAACCAAAUUAAAGCAUGGUGGAAAAAAGUAAAACUAAAUAAUCCUAAUUUCCAAGAUUUAAAGAUGUCAGCAGUUGACGGUAGAGGCGUGUUUGGCAUUUCACUAUUAGAAUCUGUAGGGUAUGCACAUUCCCGCAUUUCCUACAUUGAUGACAAGACAGGUAACCAAUGUAACGGUUACAUUCCCAUAAUCAUUGCGAAAUGUGGGGCGUAUUUGAAAGACGGAGCAUUAUCCACAGAAGGCAUUUUUCGAUUAUCAGGUAAUGCAAAGCGAAUAUCAAUGCUGCAGACUAUUUUUGAUUCACCUCAUGAUGGAUAUGGUUUACAACUUGAUUGGAGCGGUUAUACCGUUCAUGAUGCAUCCAAUGUGAUGCGUCGAUUUCUUAAUUAUUUACCUGAACCCGUGAUUACUCUUCAAUACCAAGCUGCCUUUACAAAAGCUCUACAUGCGGAUACAAAUGUGGAAGAAAAAGUAAAAGCCUUUCAGGCCUUGAUUGAACAACUGCCGAUUUUGCAUCAAUACCUCUUGCUUUACCUGCUGGAUCUUUUGUGUCUAUUUUCUUUAUAUUCCGAAAAUACAAGAAUGGACCUGUCGUCAUUAGCAACUGCAUUUGCUCCAGCUAUACUAUCAGACCCAAAUGAUGCAAUGAACCCUUCAAGAUACAAAGAAGCACAGAAAGUUCUGGAGUUUCUGAUCGAACAUCAAACUAAAUUUUCAAUGCCGAGAACCCUAAAGUCGAAUGACGAUCCAUCAUCUCAUCACUCUAGAUCACAACAAGAACUACGACGUCACAAUAGCAUGGAUAUUGAGCUAAGCAAAAGGCAUCCCUAUUCCCAAGCAUCAUCGCAUUCGGUAUCUGACCUGUCUGCUACGGCCAGACCUGCAUCAUCCAAUACCGUCAUUUCUCUACCAAUGAUGCAGCCUACCUUGAAGCGAUCCAAAACCGUACCUAGCAAAAGAGAAAAGAAUCCGGUAUAUGAUGAGCCUCAGCAAAUGGUUAUUUUAAAUAACAGUAGCAAUGCAUCAAGUAAGUUGGGGGGGAGGGAUAGAUGAAUCUUAUACUUUUUUUAGCUGAUAUGUACCCUUAUUGCAGUAAAUAGUCAAUCCCGGAAUAUCGGUCGAUGGAAAUCAAUUAAAAGAAUUGUAAAAGAAGAUCAUCCACAAGCAGCAAACUUACCAGAAUAAAAAGAAGGGGACAAAUCCCUUCACACACACACACACUGUAUUCUUUUUGUAACCUUUCUUUUCUGUCCUUUUUCCCUGUUUCUCCCUCCCUUUGUAUCCCCUCUAACUAUCCCAUAUAUAUAUAUAUAUGCAAUAAUAAAAAUAAAAAAUCUGUUUAGUGAUCUAGUCACUUUUUUUUUUCCUUUGAGAAAAAAAAAAGGAUGGUAAUACAAAAGACAGCAGGGUCCAUACCAAUAGAUUACUAAG